ACUAUGCAACUGGAUUUCGGAUACCCAGAAGUUGUUCGUAAUCGUUCUGUAAUUGACAUUGUAUAUGAGAAUCUUCAGACGAUCGACGACUACUUUCUAAAUGUUAUGAACGUCAAAAAGUUCAAAACAAGAUAUUUUUUCAAUAGACUUUGGUAUUCGAAUUCAGAAAAUGUUGUGAGUGAAAUUUCUCUAGAAGAAAGUCCUUUAGGAGUAAGCUUUAGUUACGAUUAUAAGACUAAUAAAGUUAGAUUGGAUGGUAGUUCAUUUUGGUUUCCUAUGUCUCAUUAUUCAGGUAAUAUACCAAAAUACUUGAAAUUUGGUGAAACAGCUAUGUUAGCUAGAGUCAUGUCUAAAGCUUUUGAUGCUACUGGCAGCUUGUACGAUGCACAUGGAAGGAAAUGGGACAAAGCGCUUUUGCCCCAAACUUUGCGAGAUGAACAUACAUAUUACACGGAAUGUUUGAUGAGUCAAUUGUCUUCUUCUGACUAUUGGUUUGCUGAGAUAAAUAAUACUGAGUACAUUAAUACGAUUGCAGCUGAUAUGGGCUCUUUCCUUGUACCUUACGAAAGUUUUAAAACGUAUUUGAUGAAUGCAACGGAAGAAAAAAGUCUUCCGAGUGUUAAUCUUGAUCAGAAGCAAAUGUUUUAUGUUCAAGUUGCACAGAAAUAUUGUGAAGUGCGAGCUCCAUCAAUCGAUUCAGAAGAAAUCGUUGGAUUAUCAAAGCGAUCUAGGGUAAAUAUAGCUGUUUCUAACAUGGAAGAUUUUGCUUUUGUCUUUAACUGUCAACCACAACAUGUAUUAAAUUUGCAACACAAAUGCAAUUUGUCUUCAUAAAAUUGUCGAAUGAUCUAUAAUUUCUAAACAGAAUUUAUGGAAAAUAAAGAAUAUUUUACAUUCCA